CGGCUUCCGCCCCGCGCGGCCCCUCCUCCGCGACGCGCCGGGUGGUCACGUGACGGCCGCGCGCGUUCCCGGCCGCUGCGGGCUCCGAGGCCAGAGAGAAAAGACUGCGAGGUGGCCGCAGCUGUGGCCGGAGAGCACAAAGAAUGAACCAGCAGUGGAAGAGAAAAUACUGUAAGCUGGCUGACUGCUGGUGAAGAAAAUGCUUUAUUUUUAUGGCAGGCAUCUGUGGGAUCUGUAAUAGAAAUGUAAGUGUAGCAUCAUGGUUUUUUCAGUGCUGCAGUAAAUUAAAUGGAUUGCUUUAAAGCAUAGUAAAUUGAGUAUCUGUCAUAUUUAGUUUUAAUUAUUUUAAAUGAGCAUUUUCUUUUGACUUAUAGGUGCUUUAUUAACAAUUUAUUUACAUUAAAUUAUCGUUAAUGUAGAUUUCCAAGUCUCCUCAGAGGGAAAAAUCUCUAUAAGAAAAACUGAAGACACAGGAGUUUGCUCAAAGAAUGCUAAAAUACUGCAGAGAUCUCCAGGUCCUCUGGGUUCUACCUUCUUUUUACAUAAUAAUUUUCUUAAAUAACUAAGCUAGGCAAGUAGUACUAGCUUUUAUAAAUAAGACAGACUACUAGGUUAUAAAAACUCUAGUUACUAAAAACUUGUUUCACUAAAUUAAAGGAAUUUCUACAUAAUUGAUUUUUUUAAUGUAAUACAUCAUUGCUUUUUAUUCAGAUCACAUCACUCUGAUCCCCAGUUUUACUAGUUGUGCUUUCAUCAUUUAUCUUUGCAUGAUAUGCUUUAAAGUGUUGCACACUACCUUGGAUUUGUCCAUAUUUAACUUCACUGUAUUGAUGAAACAUUUUUCACUAUGAAUACAUUUCUGUUUUCUAAAUUAAUAUAAGCCCUAUGCAACUGGAUGUCAUUCAUGAAAAAUGCAGUGAAUAUUUUAUUGACUUUUAAUUACAGUGUUUUUCUUAUUAGACCAAGAGUGACCUUGGUAGAUGCUAUUUCACAUUUUCCCAGUUUGACAUAAAACUCUUACUUUCUGCUCUUCCAGUAUGAUACUGGUUACAUGUAAUGAUACGUAUUAACAAUAAUUAAUUUAUUAUUAAAAGUAUGACCAUAUUAUUUUUAUUCAGUAUUGAAAAUUUGAUAAUUGAAAAAUGAUACUAAUAAGCAUUUGUCUUUAAAAAUAUAUAUUUUAUUUAAUCCUGUCCAUUUAUCUAUCUGUAUACAUUUUUUAAAAUCUUAAUAGGUCAGAUAGUCUAGGUGCUGGUCAUCAAGGAACUUACUAUGAUCCAGUAAAUGAGACAUGCAUGUAAUUAACAAAGAGUGGAAUAGAUGCCAUAUUAAGGUAACAAUAAGAUGCUAUUGAAACUGAACAGAGGAAGAGAUUAAUUUCAUCUGAAGGGUUCAGAGUGAACAGAGUAAGCUUCACCUUGCCUUUGAAGAAUGAGUAGAAUUUUAACAGUCAGAGAAAAUCAGGAAAUAUUCUUCAAGCCAAGGGGAUGAGGAGGGAAACAGCUGCCUAAUCAUCAACAUAUUUUAGAGGAGUCAGGGAACAGUAAUAUGUGGGAAGGCAGGGUAGGAGAAAGAGACUUCAAAAUAAGUGCAGGGAAUGAACACUUAUUUAGUACUUACUGUAUUACCAGAUUUUACAUUUAUUUAACAUACAGUCAGUCUUAAUUGAUUUUGAUACUUAGGGACAGAGUAUAUUGAUCAGUCUUGGAGGAGUUAGGGGACAGUAGUAACUAGAUGCUGAGGGGUUAGCUUGGUAAACAAGUAGCAAUACCCCAUAUUGAGCCAGGAGGAAUAAUGGUAAGACAGAGUAAAGGUAAAGAUAUUUUCAGGAUUUAUUUUUGAGUUACCUAAUUUCUCAGUGAUACAGGUGUUAGUAUAUUGAUAAACUAGGAGGGAGAAGUUUUAUGAUAGUCUCUGGGGAAUAGGGAAAGAAAGAUGUCUUGGCCAAGUAAAAGUUUACUGGGAUUGAUGGUGUUUAGGAAAUCAAAAUAGCUAUUAAGUGUGUGGGGUUCACAACUUUUGCACCACACAAAAGUGAAUUGUAUGGUGAAAUUUUUGUCACUUAGAGUAACUUGCUUAUUCUUUUUUGCGAAUGUCUCCCUUGUUGGCUUUUGUGGUGGUGGUCUAUCUUUAUUCCCUGUCCUUCUCUGACCAUUCCUUACACCCCUUCCUGGCUAUUUUACCUCGCAGAUAUUGGAGUAAUUCAAGAUUCUGUGGUUGGCCCUUUUGACUGCUCUCUCUACAGGUUUAAUUUGGCCAUUUACUCAUUUUCAUGGCUCUAAGGACCAUGUAUGUGUAUAUAUCUUUUAUAACUACUGACCCAUUUAGAAUGGCAGAAUUAGCUGGCACAGAGAUUGUCAUUUAUUUUAAGCUUCCAAUCUCUGACAUCUUCAUCUUCAUUUCUCAGUCUUUUUUACUUAUCAGUGGUUUACUCCCUCUUUUAUUUUCUCCCCUUUUAAAUGUUUUUUGUUUGUUGGUUUGUUUUUACCAUGGGGAAAGAAAUUAGAUGUUUCCUUGGCAGGGCACAAUAACACAAUAAGGCUUUCAUGACUUAGCUUUUGAUUACCUUUACACCUUCAUCUCCUGCUCUUCCAUUGCUUGUAUGACUAUUUGACUCAGUGUCUUGCAUAUGCUUUUGCCUGGAAUCUGCUCCACUGCCCAGCCCCUCUGAAUGAACACUAAACUUUCUAACCUAUGUCCAUCCUCUCAUCUCUCUCACUGUUAUUUUAGUAAGUAUGUUAACACAUUUUGAUUACGCAGGAAUCAGGCCAUAUUGUAAUUAUCUGCAUGUAUGGUUCCUUAUUUAACAGAGUAGUUGUGUGUCUUAUUUAUCUUUAGACCCAUCAGUACUUAGUAUUGUAUCUGGAACAUGGCAGGUGUUUAGUAAAUGUUUAUCUGAAUCAAUAAGGCAGAAAUUAUAAAUUUUAUGUCAGUGUUUAAGCUGGAUACAUCCAAUUUGACAAGUCUUUUUUCUUCCUCCUCUUCAAGGGAUCUUCAAUAUUCAUGUUGUUUUCUCCCUUGGUCUUAUAUGAUUGUUACCUUUAUGAAGCUUUAGUGAUUACAAAGCACUUUUUUUGUCCAUUUUUACCUGAGCUUUGUAAACUCUGAUUUGCAGGUAAGGAAAUUUAGACUAAUAGUUUAACUGAGUGCCUAAGAGCACAUAAUUAAUAAAGGACUCUAAAACUCAGAUUUUUAGAUUUCUUGUCUAGCAUUCAUUUCACUGUAUAAUAGCUGCCAUGAUUCAAGGUAUCCUUUUCCCUUCACUGGAUGCAGCUUUUCAUUACAUAGUUCUUCAGUGUGUUUCUCCAGGGCUGAUCUGUAAGUGCACUGAUGGAAUUUUUAUACAUUCCCAAGGUAUGUACAAGUAAAUGCUUACAAAAAGUUUUCAUCAGUUGGAGAGUUUUUCCUCUACUUUCAUCUUCAUAUCCCCGUUGUCUGCUAUGUGGCUUGCAUAUAAUGCACAUCAUAGGUGGUUAGUGUUUUCAUAAUUGUUAAAUUAAGAUAUCGCAAGAAUUAAAACAUGACUUUAAUAUUAUGUGUAUUUUUUCUUAGGAUGGCUGGCUGUGGUGAAAUUGAUCAUUCAAUAAACAUGCUUCCUACAAACAGGAAAGCUAACGAGUCCUGUUCUAAUACUGCACCUUCUUUAACCGUUCCUGAAUGUGCCAUUUGUCUGCAAACAUGUGUUCAUCCAGUCAGUCUGCCCUGUAAGCACGUUUUCUGCUAUCUAUGUGUAAAAGGAGCUUCAUGGCUUGGAAAGCGAUGUGCUCUUUGUCGACAAGAAAUUCCCGAGGAUUUCCUUGACAAGCCAACCUUGUUGUCACCAGAAGAACUCAAGGCAGCAAGUAGAGGAAAUGGUGAAUAUGCAUGGUAUUAUGAAGGAAGAAAUGGGUGGUGGCAGUACGAUGAGCGCACUAGUAGAGAGCUGGAAGAUGCUUUUUCCAAAGGUAAAAAGAACACUGAAAUGUUAAUUGCUGGCUUUCUGUAUGUUGCUGAUCUUGAAAACAUGGUUCAAUAUAGGAGAAAUGAACAUGGACGUCGCAGGAAGAUUAAGCGAGAUAUAAUAGAUAUACCAAAGAAGGGAGUAGCUGGACUUAGGCUAGACUGUGAUGCUAAUACCGUAAACCUAGCAAGAGAGAGCUCUGCUGAUGGAGCGGACAGUGUAUCAGCACAGAGUGGAGCUUCUGUUCAGCCCCUAGUGUCUUCUGUAAGGCCCCUAACAUCAGUAGAUGGUCAGUUAACAAGCCCUGCAACACCAUCCCCUGAUGCAAGCACUUCUCUGGAAGACUCUUUUGCUCAUUUACAACUCAGUGGAGACAACACAGCUGAAAGGAGUCAUAGGGGAGAAGGAGAAGAAGAUCAUGAAUCACCAUCUUCAGGCAGGGUACCAGCACCAGACACCUCCAUUGAAGAAACUGAAUCAGAUGCCAGUAGUGAUAAUGAGGAUGUAUCUGCAGUUGUUGCACAGCACUCCUUGACCCAACAGAGACUUUUGGUUUCUAAUGCAAACCACACAGUACCCGAUCAAUCAGAUCGAUCGGGAAUUGAUCGAUCAGUAGCAGGGGGUGGAACAGUGAAUGUCAGUGUCAGAUCUAGAAGGCCUGAUGGACAGUGCACAGUAACUGAAGUUUAAAUAAAAAUGUCUUCAGCUCCAUGCUCAAGGUUGAAAGGGUUACCUGUAAAUUUCUGCCCACAUAACAUUAUACUCAUCCCUAGUAGUGCAUUUUGGGAGUUGGGGUGGGAAGGGGUAUGGGAAAGAUAGACUCAUAAUUAAAAUGUCUAACAUGUCUCUGUUGAGAAAUUUAUUUAAUGUAAGGAACUUGGGUGUUAAUAGUUGAGAGCUGUUUAGUAAUAACCCAGUUUUCUUGAGGUCUGUUUACUUUAUAGUUUUUAAAAACUUCUGUAGUUCUUUUGGCCAGUGUGUUUGUAUUAUCUGUGCAUUAAUGGUCCUCAUCUGACUCCUGCAUUGUGUCUUAUUUUUCUGCAUGGAUUGGCAUUAAGACCAUUACUAAAAUUUGGCACCUGUGAGAUGUUUGAUAUUAUGAGCAGGAAACAUAAUUUAAUGUAUGAAUAGAUGUGAAUUUGGGAUUUCAAAAUAGAUGAAUAACAAUUUUAUAGUAAAGUUAUUGAAAUGGAAAAGAAAACAGCCAGUAACUUAUGUUUCAGAAUGUUUGUAACACACUUCAUGGCGUUCCCAUAGGCUUUGCUGUCUAGUCUUAUAGUUUGGGGUUUUUUGGUCUGCAUUUUUUUUGAUUACAAAAUUUAUAAUUUAAUAAAUACUAGAGUUUAUCAAAAA